AUGCGCACAUCGUUGUAGAAUGCGACGGAUUUCGAAGCUAGUAAAAGUAGCUAGCCACUAAGCUAAAAACAAGACGCUACAAGCUGGUUUAAAAAAUGUCUAAAGCACAUUCACAGUCCUCGUCGUCUUCGGCUGCGACGACCACCGGAGGACCUUCUUCCUCCUCGUCUUCGUCUUCGUCCGCAGGAGGCUCGACUUCUCCCGCAACCGUCUUAAACGUACAACCCGAGAAACCUCAACAUUACACAUAUCUAAAGGAGUUCAGAACUGAGCAGUGCCCUUUGUUUGUGCAGCAUAAAUGUACACAGCAUCGGCCCUUUUCCUGUUUCCAUUGGCACUUCUUGAACCAACGGCGCCGCAGGCCCAUCCGCAGACGGGACGGGACCUUCAACUACAGCCCAGAUGUAUACUGUACUAAAUACGAUGAAGGAACAGGCACCUGCCCCGAUGGAGACGAAUGCCCCUUCCUACAUCGGACUGCUGGGGACACAGAACGCAGAUAUCACCUUCGCUACUAUAAGACAGGCUCGUGUAUCCAUGAAACGGAUGCAAAAGGCCACUGUAGCAAGAACGGCUCCCACUGUGCUUUUGCACAUGGGUCACAUGACUUACGUAGUCCUGUUUACGACAUCAGGGAGGUGCAGGUGAUGGAGUCUCAGGGAGGCUCCGGGGCUGCAGAGGGAAGCGGAGCAGACGGACAGUCAGGACAGGCUGCCAGCACCGCCCUCAUAGAGAAGAUCCUGAGUGAAGAACCACGCUGGCAAGAUAACAACUAUGUGCUGUCACACUACAAGACUGAGCUGUGUAAGAAGCCGCCUCGUCUGUGCCGCCAAGGUUACGCCUGCCCGUACUAUCACAAUAGCAAAGACCGAAGGCGCAGCCCACACAAGCACAAAUACAGAGCGUUGCCGUGUCCAGCUGUGAAACAGAGCGAGGAGUGGGGAGACCCCAGUAAAUGUGAGGGAGCAGAGGGCUGCCAGUACUGUCACACACGUACAGAGCAGCAGUUUCAUCCAGAGAUCUAUAAAUCCACAAAGUGUAAUGACAUGCAGCAGUGUGGCAGCUGCCCCAGAGGACCCUUUUGUGCCUUUGCUCAUGUAGAAAAGCCCUUUGUUCCUGAGGAGCCGUCAUUCCACACCGCCGGCUCCCCUCCACCCUCCAGACCUCCAGACCCCCUUCCUGCCCAGGAGGCUCCCUCGAGUCCCAUUGGGCCGGGACCAGGGUCUGUUUCUCUUCCAGACCCCUUCUCCCCCUCUGCGGGAUCGUGUGCGUCAGAGAAGGGGCUGCUGGGUAACGUUUUGUCUCUGUGCGAGGAUGUGAGCACAGGAGGAGAGCCGCUGUCUCCCUGGGCCAGAGAGGGAGGCUACGGCAGGGCGCCUGGGUUUGAGAGGGAGGAUCAGGCCAAGCAGCGGAGUUUUGCUCUGGAGCAGCGCAGCAGAGAAAUGGCAUCGGCUCAAAGCAAACAGGACUUGUUAGUGUUCCUGCCGGUGGGCAGCCCUCUGAGUUUGUCCUCCAGUAUCCCCUCGAGUCUGGCCGCCACCCCGCCCAGCCCCGCCCCUCUUGUGCCCCCAGGACUGGGCAUACCUUCAGGCAUGAAUGCUAAUGCUCUGCCUUUUUAUCCCACGAGUGAAACUGUGGAAUCAGUUGUUGAAUCAGCUCUGGAUGAUCUUGACCUGAAUGACUUUGGUGUGUCGGCGUUGGAGAGGAGUUUGGAGAGCAGCUCGGCGCUGCCCAGUGUGGGAGUGAUGCUCGGAGGCAGCCAGCUGCAGAGUUCUGCUCCAGUCAAUAUCCCAGGAUCCUUCAGCACCUCCGCUCCUUUCAGCUCACCUUCACCUUCUCCUCCAAUCAGACCACACGCGUCCCCAUUCUUCUCUCCUCACCUGUCCCAACCUGGCCAAUCAGAGAGCAGCUUUCUGGGACCAUCUCACAGCUCCUUGGGUCUGAAUGGUAUGAGUUCUAAUAUCUGGGAGCACUUCCCAUCAGGCCAGGGUUCUCCUGGCACACCCCCUGCCCUGCUGCCCUCUGGGCCCUGUGCAGAGACUGCCAGGCUCAAACAGGAGCUGGAGGAAGCUCAUAGGGCGCUGAAGCAGUGGGGUCACAGCUGGAAACACACAGCUCAGGUAGUCGUGGGCCACCCUGAAAGCAGAUGCAGAGGAAUCCCGUGGCCGCACCUCUCGAUUAGCCAUGGAGGCGGAGAGAACGAGGCAGGCCGAGGAGGAGGCGCAGAGACAAGCUGCUCUCCUGCAAGAGGCCCUGGAGACCUUGAGGAGCGGAGACAACCCCCAUCGCGCGCUGCACCAGCUCCAGCUUCUCCACAGGCUGCCUUUGGAGUCCGUCCUCAGCCUGCAAGAUCAACUGUGCAGCUGCCUACACGCUGUGGAACAGGUGGUGUACAGGAAACAGCGGCAGAGCUGUGUGACGUGCGGCGAGCAGGGUGUGGUCUCUCUGCUGUGUGGUCACGGACUGCAGUGUGACAGUUGCUCCGCCUCCACAGAGUGCCCCCUCUGCCCCGAACAGACUCUGGACCAGCAGCUCUCCUGACCUCACAGACCGCCACAGCACGGAUUCCAGACCAGUCCGUCCUGAUUCCACCGACACCAGCCUCUCAUUCGUCGUUCAGAAAACCGUGGAGGUCAGUCUGGUUCCAGAAUGAACACAGGUUCGAUUUCGUACCUUUAAAGACGAUGUUCACUGAUCACUGAGCAGCUCCAUGAAAAACUCUUGAUGGUGAAGUUUAGGAAUCUUAUUUUGUCUGUUAUGUAAAAAGCAAAGCGGCAACUUGUACUCAUGAAGUCUUUGGACCAACGUCACUGUUCUUAACCUUGUUCAUGAUUUGUUAAAACUAACUUGUUGAUGAAAUGUUCAUCAACAUCAUUUAUAUAAAGUGGCGGUGUUCUGUCGAGAUGAGGUGCACCGUCGAGAUGAGGAUCCUCGCGUAACUGCAUAUGUGUGCCCUGAAAAAAUUACUUGACAAAGUUCGCUUAUUUUGAUCGGCAAGUA